AGCUUGGUAGAGAAAGUCAAGGCCUUUUGGCAAAUAAAGUUUAUUUGAUGUACUUUACAGUUUUGCUAACUUUUUGAAUACUCCAAAGACGACCAUAUAAAGUAAAAGCUUUUGAUCCACUCUCCGUCACGUAUUCUCCUACUCUUUAUUAUCAAAAACAAAGCAAGUUUAAUUUCUAUGCCUAUUUUAACACAAAAAUAGAACUCACAUGAGUGAAAAUCUCACUUAUCCUUUUUUCUACCAAAACUAAAAUCUAAUAUAACCAUAAACGAAGCACAUAGAAAGAACCAAAAAUAACACAAAAUUUUUAUAAAAAACAAACACCACCGAUAAAGCAAAAAAGAUUCAUUAAGAACUAAGGGUGGAUGCUCUUCUCGAAUGUAGGACAACUUUCAAUGAAGGACACUUAUUUUCACAAGAUAACACGACAAAGUUGCGCAAUUGAAGAAAAUUUACCACGUGCUAAUGGUAUUUCAGCAAAAAAUAGCAUCUUGUAGAAGGGAUGCAAUUUGAACAGUGAGAGGCGGCAAACGGCGUUUAGUUUCGUGGUACAAUUCAAUUUCUGACUCGCCAAAAUUUGAUACAUUCCGUAACGUUGCUGGUCGCUCACUUGGCAAUACUGCAUCAGAAUGAUGAAAACCACUUGCAGCCAACUGACUUGUGGAUAGAUAUAGCGUUUGUCGAGGUUCAUCCGAAGAUGUAGAAUCUGAUGAAUUAGUUGUUGUCAAUGUUGAUCGUCGCUGUAUAUUGACCGAAGAAUUUGACGCGAUGCGACUUCUCGAUCGAUGUUCAGUAUGUGUUAACGAGAGUGGUGUUCCCGGUCUGAAAAGUGGAAAAACUGUUAUUUCCGAAUGA